AUUUGUGUAACAUGAUACUUUUAGCCAUAGGCCAUAGCCAGUAUAGGAGUAUAAUACUCUUCUGGAUUCUCUUACUCUAGUAGGAAAAAUUACAUUAUUACUCCGCUAAAACAAGGAAUUUCAAUAAACAGUUCAAAAAUCAUAGCAAGAUUUCAUCUUUUAGACUUGAUGAAGAAGAAAUGACAUUGCUUGGCACCUCUUUCUCAACCCCGAAAACCCACCAUUUUUGUUAUCAUCUUCUUAAUCACAAUCUUCAUUUUGAACACAGAAAACUCUAUAAUUCUUUAAAAUUGUCCCAAUUUCCCACUACCCAUUUGUCUAAUCAUUUUAAAAAUUCUCCUUUGAGAUGUUUUUCUCAGAGAGAAACCCAAAAAUCACUCAAACAAGAAGAAGAAAAGGGGAAGAGUGAUCAACAGCAGGAAAUUGAAGCAUAUGAAUUUGAGAGGUUGUUUUCAAACCUUAAUCAAGCUACUUUGAAGCAUGAACCUGGUAGCCUUAGUAGCUCAAUUUUCCUUGUGGCAGGAACUACGAUUGGUGCAGGCAUUCUUGCACUGCCUGCAGUCACGCAAGAUUCUGGUUUUCUUGCCUCUGCUGUCGCUUGCAUUGGCUGUUGGGUAUUCAUGGUUGCGACUGGCUUACUUAUUGCUGAAGUCAAUGUAAAUACAAUGUGCGAGUUGGGUUCCAGUGGCAUUUCUUUGGGGUCAAUGGCCAAGAGAACCUUAGGAUCUCUAGGAGUCCAAGUUGCUUGCUGGUCAUACAUUUUUAUACAUUACGCUCUCCUUGUUGCGUACAUAGCUCGUUCUUCAGAUAUCUUGACAAACUACCUUGGUAUUCCACAAUGGGAAACUGCAACAUUGUUUUCACUUGUUUUUGGAGGAAUAUGUUACUUUGGAAGUCAACGUUUUAUUGGUGCCGUUAAUGGACUUCUAGUGCUGGGGAUCGUUACUUCAUUUACAGCUCUAGUUGUUGUUGCUAGUGAGAACCUACACCUUGAUGCUCUUUUAAAAGCCAACUUUGAAGCCGUUCCUUCAAGUAUACCUGUCAUAGCGCUUGCAUUUGUUUACCACAAUGUGGUACCUGUUCUUUGCACAAAUUUGGAAGGUGACAUGUCAAAAGUAAGGACUGCAGUUGUCGUAGGAACAGCUAUUCCACUGGCUCUAUUUCUAGUUUGGAACGGGGUAAUUCUUGGUACAUUCCCAAAUCUAGAUUCUGAUGUCGAGAAGAUUGUCGAUCCAUUACAGCAGCUCAGAUCUAGCAAUGGAGUUGUUGGACCAAUAGUCGAAAUCUUUUCACUUUUUGCUAUCGCAACAUCGUAUAUUGGAUUCGUUCUUGGCCUCGCCGACUUCUUAGCUGAUUUGCUAAAACUCCCAACAGGACAAAGCAAACCACUUCCGUAUUUGAUAACUUUGUUCCCACCAUUGUUACUGGCACUGUUAGACCCAGAAAUAUUUUUCAAGGCUUUGGAUUUCGCUGGAACAUACGGUGUGUUGGUGCUCUUCGGAGUUCUUCCUGCAGCGAUGUCAUGGUCAGAUCGAUACUCAACUUCUCUGGAGCUUCCAAAAGUACCCCAAUUGGUUCCUGGUGGAAAGCUUACUCUAUCGUUAGUGAUGGGUGGCGCUGCGUGGGUCAUUUUAUCUGAAAUACUCGCCAACUUCAAUCUCGCUUGAAAGAAAGAAACCGAGACUUCAAGCUUGAACGAUAGGAAACUAAUCGGCGAAUGGCGAUUGUUAGUCGAUUCCUUGGAAGUUUACAUGUAGUUUUAACUAUGUAUUUGUAAUUGUAUAUUUUGUCAUUUAUAGUAAUUGUGUAUUUUCACGCCAUUUCACAAUAUAUAGUUUACAUUGAAGUUGCUAACAUUGUGCAACAAACUUGGUGUUACUUAACAUUUAUAAACGCAUAACUUCAAAAUGAGUUUCUUCAAGUUCA